UGUUUGGACUUCUUGAACUGUUUUGACUGCGACAAUUUUUGCGUCACGUUACUCACGUGAUACAUCGUGAUCAUCAUGGCGGCCACCUCUGUGUUCCAGAGAGUGAGAACAGGCUCGAAAAUCGGAGCCCAAUAUGAUCAGGAGGGCAAUCUCAUCAAGGUGGAGACACGUGAGGAUGAGGAGCAGAGUGUCAAGCUUGCGGAGAUUUUGGAGUUGUUGCUCGCUGCUGGUUAUUUCAGAGCACGCAUUAAGGGACUAUCACCCUUUGACAAGGUGGUUGGAGGACUGACCUGGUGUAUAACUACAUGCAACUUUGACAUAGACGUCGAUCUGCUUUUCCAAGAAAAUUCCACCAUUGGGCAAAAAAUUGCUCUGACAGAGAAGAUUGUGUCAGUUCUGCCCAAAAUGAAGUGUCCUCACCGAUUAGAGCCUCAUCAGAUCCAAGGGCUGGAUUUCAUCCACAUCUUCCCUGUUGUACAGUGGCUGGUAAAGAAGGCGAUUGAAACCCGGGAGGAGAUGGGAGAUUAUGUCAGGUCAUAUUCCAUUUCUCAGUUCCAGAAAACGCAUGCAUUUCCUGAGGAUGAGGAGUUUGAAUUAAGGAAGGAGAGAGCCAUCAGUACUGUGCUGAAUGUGUGUGAGGUUUAUGCUCCUCAGAGGCGUUAUAAACGGCAGGUGGAUGCUGGCGAGCUGCUGGAUGAAGAGUCUCGGGUUCAUUCUACCUUGCUGGAGUUCGGCAGUCCGUGCCUUCUCAUAUCACAGUACAUGCAGCGUUAUGGAUUCAGCAAACAGUCUAAAGCAGCCACUGCAGUGGAGCAGAAGCAGGUGUUGGCUCAGGGCGCGCCGGGUGUGCCUCCUGGAAUGACCCAGGUGUCUGAAGAAGAGGACCUGCAGGCAGCAGAGGAGCUCAGAAUCAAAGCCUUGAUGACUGGAAUGGCUGCCAUGGCAACAGAGGAGGGGAAGUUGUCAGCCAGCACAGUGGGGCAGAUUGUUGGACUGCAGUCUGAGGAGAUCAAGCAAAUUGCCACUGAAUAUGCCGAGAAGGCGGAGCGCUCUGUGGAGGAUCGGCCGGAAAGAUUUGGACCUGCGCAGCAACACAGGCGUCAACUGGCAUUACUCAACAAACAAAUCACUCAAAAAACUAAAGAUCUUGAAGAGCUGCAAUCCAAACAGCAGGAGGCUAGAGCGACAUGUGAGGAAGCUAAAGUCAAACUAGCCGAGGCCACAGCACAAACUGAAAAGCUGGAGAGAGAGCUGAACUCACUGGAGGACGUGGAGUCUCAGGCCGAUUCUGGGUUACUGGAGAAGCUUCGUGCUUUGGUUGCCAUGAAUGAAAACCUCAAACAUCAAGAGCAAACGUUCCGCUCACACUGUCGCGAGGAAAUGACCCGUCUGCAGCAGAAUAUUGAAGAGCUGAAGCUGGAGUAUGGAGAAGAAGGAGAAGAGAAGAAGGAGAUGAAUGUGUUGAUUGAUCAGCAGUACACUGCAGACAGAGAAAAGCUGCAGAAGAUCCGUCUGCUUAUGGCUCGGAGGAACCGCGAGAUUGCCAUCCUUCAGAGAAAGAUUGAUGAGGUUCCCAGCAGAGCCGAGCUGACCCAGUAUCAGAAACGCUUUAUUGAGCUGUACAGCCAAGUUUCUGCAACACACAAAGAGACAAAACAGUUCUUCACACUCUAUAACACCCUGGAUGACAAGAAGGUUUACCUGGAGAAAGAGGUCAAUCUGCUGAACUCCAUACACGAUCAUUUCCAACAAGCCAUGGCUUCGUCAGGAGGUAAAGAACAGUUUCUCAGACAAAUGGAGCAAAUUGUGGAAGGAAUCAAACAGAGUCGCAUAAAGAUGGAAAAGAAAAGACAGGAGAAUAAGAUGCGCAGAGAUCAGCUGAAUGAUGAGUACUUGGAGCUGCUGGAUAAACAGAGGCUCUAUUUUAAAACCGUCAAGGACUUUAAAGAGGAGUGCCGCAAGAAUGAGAUGCUGUUAUCUAAACUAAGGGCAAAGGGAGCGUCGUAACAGCUGGACCCCCCCCCCCCAAACCCCAUUAAUACACAACUCCCAAGUAGCACUUCAAAAUAUUCAAAUCACAUUCCCUGAUCACAUCUGCUUACAGACUGAAACUUGACUGUUCAGUAUGUUUGUUAGUCUAGAUUCUUCUAGGUUCAGAGAUGAAGCAUGUAACUUAUGUACUGCUAAACUGGCAAUCUUUUGUGCCUUGAUGUCACCUUAUUUAAACCCAUAAUGUAUAGAACACAAAUUCCCUUACUAAUCACCUUUGUUUUUGUAUCAUGAUCAUAAGAAUCUGCUUCCAUAAGAGCAAAACACAUUAAAGGAGAAAUUAACUA